AUGGCCUUCAUACGGUGCAUGAACAACAGGAUCGCGCUGGUGUGCGUCGACUUGGUGUAUAUAUAUGAAACGAAAGACGGUGGUGGCUUUUCCAAAGUACAGCUCGCCAUUCCAGAGGAGACUGGUGAAUAUUCUGGCCAACACAGUGAAGAGGAGGAAGACAGCAAAUCGUCAGGAAAGAAAGACAAGCAGGAGGAACCUGGUUUUUCCUGCGCCAAUUUCUCGCCUUGUUCAACAUACUUCAUGGCAGUAACUCACUCAAAGAGACUCGUCGUCUGGAAGCGGCACAGUCCCGGAAACUGGGAAGCCAUUUUCCAGAGGUGUGUGGUACGCAAAUGUGUUCAGGUCCGGAUGUGCACUACCAAAGACACUAUUCUUGUGGCAGACCGCUCUGGUGAUGUCUAUUCUUUCCACUUUGAUGAUCCGGAAGACUCCAGGGGUGAGGCCAUCAUUGGCCGCCUCUCCAUGGUCCUUGACAUGAUAAUAGGUGAGCUAGACAGCUUCCUGGCAGUCUCGGAUCGGGAUGAGAAGAUCCAAGUGUCAUGCUAUCCAAACUGCUACAACAUUCGUACCUUCUGCCUUGGCCACACACAGUUUGUGACCUGCCUCGCAUUGUUGCCUGGCCCACCAGAGCUCCUGGUUUCUGGCUCUGGAGAUGGCACAAUCCGGACUUGGUGCCCAGAGACCGGUCGGCAGCUGCACCGGUAUGACAUCAGCAUCGAGAAACAGGUGGCAGACUCUGAAGGGAAGGUUGACACAAGGGCGCCUGCCGUGAAACGUAUAGCUGUGCAGCCCAUAGGCACAACCAUGGCCUGCCUCAUUGAUGGGAUUCCAGAAGUGCUUCUGCUAGGCUGGCUGGGCCCCACAGCCGGCUGGAGUCGCCUGCAGACCCUUGCUGUUCCAUGCUCACCUGACGACAUUGCAUUUGACGAAGACAGCCAUCUCUGGGUGGCUCUCGCCAGUCCUCCAUCAGUGCAGCUUUUUGCAGUUUCCUCGGAGUCAAAUGGCUAUACACGUGGAGGACUUUCUAUUGCCAUGAGAGGAACACUACAAGGGCAGAGCACCUUCAGGGAUGUUGGCAGCAACGGGAAGUUCCCGCUGAUCUGCCGUCUGCCGGUGAACUCCCGUGGGCACCGCUUCUCAAGGACGUCAGCUGGACGCUGUGCCAAAGCCUCCAAAGCAAGUGUGCCCAUCCAAAUUGUAUUGUUGUUCUUAUCUGUUACCCAAUGGUAA